ACAUCUUUCUUAAAUACAUACAGACCAUUAUUUCCACAAGUUUUCUUCGGCUCUGGCCAUUCCACAACUUACAGUUCUAGCAUAUUCUUCAGCAGUUCGACUUUCCAAGUCUAUGCAUCGCACUAUUCAAUUAUGUACCAAAGCUCUCUAGCGGAAGAGUCAAAUCACUUGGAGUCGAUAACAGAACAGCUUUAGAAUGAUCCCGUUUCAUAUAUCCAGCUUCUUAAAGUCUACAAUUCUUCUGGUGUUGAUAAUAAUCGGAGGAGCAGAAGAUGAUACCAAGUGUUUGCAAGGUGUGAAAAGUUCAUUGAGGGAUCCAGACGGGAGCUUGGCCCUGUGGGACUUCCAAAACACGACAUCUGGAUUCAUCUGCAAGUUUACCGGCGUGACGUGCUGGAAUGACAACGAGAACCGUGUGAUCAACUUGGCACUUCAGGAUAUGAACCUUGGUGGCGUGGUCCCUGGCGCCUUGCAAAACUGCCACAACUUACAGAGCCUCGAUCUGUCUGGAAAUGGACUCUCUGGUACUAUACCUUCUCAAAUUUGCCAUUGGUUGCCUUAUUUAGUCACCCUAGAUUUAUCAAACAAUCAUUUGACUGGGAAAAUACCCCCGGAUCUGGUUAGUUGCCAGUAUUUGAACAGCCUCGCACUUGACGGCAACAAACUGACCGGAAAUAUUCCCUCCCAGUUGUCUAGUUUGGGUAGGCUCAAGAAAUUUUCUGUGGCAAAUAAUGACCUUUCUGGUAGGCUACCAUCAUCUUUCGACAGUUCAGAUCCGUCUGUGUUUGAUUUUGCGGGAACUAAACUCUGUGGUGGUCCAGCGGGGAAAUGUGGGGGAUUAAGCAAGAAGAAUUUAGCCAUAAUAAUUGCAGCUGGGGUGUUUGGUGCUGCUGCGUCUAUGUUGCUAGGUUUCGGCAUGUGGUAUUGGUAUUUCACAAAGUCGGCAAAUAUGACAAAGAGAGGUUAUAGUUGGGUUGGGAUAUUCAGAGAUCACAAGCUGGCUCAAGUUGUGCUGUUCCAGAAGCCACUCGUGAAGCUUAAGUUGGUUGAUUUGUUGGCUGCGACUAAUAACUUUGGUGAAGAGAACAUCAUAAGCUCGACCAAGACUGGAACAACCUACAAAGCGGUUCUUCGUGAUGGAUCUGCUUUAGCAAUCAAACGGCUAAGCUAUUGCAAGGUGGGUGAGAAACAUUUUCGGGUGGAAGUUAACAGGUUAGGCCAACUCAGGCACCCAAACUUGGUCCCACUUUUAGGGUUCUGCACGGUUGAAGAAGAAAAGCUUUUGGUCUAUAAACACCUCUCUAACGGGACCCUGUAUUCUGUCUUACAUGGAAACCCAAGCAUGUUAGAUUGGCCAACUAGGUUUAGAAUCGGUUUAGGAGCGUCCAGGGGACUUGCUUGGCUACAUCACGGCUGCCAACCCCCAAUCAUACACCAGAAUUUCAGUUCUCACGUUAUUUUGCUGGAUGAGGAUUUUGAUGCUAGGAUAAUGGAUUUCGGAUCGGCUAGGCUGCUUAUGUCAGCAGCAACAUCAUCCAAUGCAAAUGAGAGUAGCUUUGUGAACGGGAAUGCCGGUGAGUUCGGGUAUGUGGCCCCAGAGUAUGCAAGCACAAUGAUCCCUUCAACAAAAGGAGACACAUAUAGCUUCGGGGUGGUGCUUUUGGAGCUGGCUACGGGUCAAAAACCGCUUGAAGUCAGUGUUGCUGAAGAAGGGCUCAAAGGAAACCUUGUUGAAUGGGUCAACCGGCUCAUGGGAUCAGGCCGUGUAAAAGAUGCAAUCGAUAAGUCUUUAUGUGGAAAGGGGAAUGACGAAGAGAUUGUGCAGUUCUUGAGAAUCGCUUGCCAUUGUGUGGUUUCACAACCCAAGGAUAGGUGGUCAAUGUAUCAGGUCUCUGAGGCUUUGAAGAAAAUGGCUGCUGCUCAUCAUGGUGUGUCUGAACAAUAUGAUGAAUUUCCUCUUAUUCUCAACGAACAAGAUAUGAAGAGUUCUCCUAUGCUACAAACCUGAAAUGUUUUGUAAAAUACUGUAACUGAAAAUUGGUGUACUAAUUAUUCGUAUGGCUGUUUACUAUUCGGUUCAUGAACCUUUCCGUUGUUUAAAACUUGUAGCAUCAAAGCAACUGGGGGUUUCUGUGAAUCUGUAUUUCUUAUUCAUACCCUCUAAUCUUGAUUCUUGUGCAUUGUUGGAUAUAGUAGACUUUGUAAGUUUAUCAAAUGUCAAAGUUAUUUAAGAAGAAUGAGUACACAGAAAUGUGUGGCUACACGUUCAUCC